CCUGAUACAGUUACUUAGCCGUAGUUGAGUGAGACAGUGCUACUUAAGAAAAAUGAACUUUGCACUUCUGCUACUGGCGAUACCCUUGAUCGCGGGUUCCAGCAUCUUCCAGUGUGGUGUGCCCAAGGUAAAAAUCAACGAAGUGAUCGUACGAGGUCGUGAUGCCACACCAGGAAGCUUUCCAUGGCAUGCCGCAGUCUACCACCGGAAAGGUCGAUCCGACAGCUAUGCUUGCGGAGGAACACUCGUCAGUUCGAUGUUCGUCCUAACCGCGGAUCAUUGUGUCAAGGACGACAACGGAUACGUGCUGUCAUCGAAGAGGAUCUUCGCCCGGUUGGGAGUCCACAACUUGAACGUGCCAAAUUUGCAGACUUCGCAGCAUCACGAUAUCUUCAAGAUUCAUCGGUUUACCGAAUCGCAGCAGAAGAAGAAUGAUAUCGCACUGCUGGAACUCAGCACGGAGGCCGUGUUCAAUCAACACGUUCAACCUGCCUGUAUCAACAGAGAGGAGGAAGUCACCGGCCAAUCUGGAGUGGCCGUUGGAUGGGGUUUCACCGAAGACGAUGAUGUGUCACCAACGCUGCAGGCCUCUCGGAUGCCAGUGGUCAGUACGACAACCUGUUUGGAACACGAUCGUGACACGUUUGGACAAACCCUGGAUAGUAGCUUGUUCUGCGCUGGGUAUACCAACGGGACUACCGUCUGCAACGGUGAUAGUGGUGGCGGGCUGCACGUCAAACGUGGAGAUGCAUGGUAUGUCGUUGGAAUCGUUUCGUUUACGGCCCAACGGGAGGUUGAAAGUUUGCUGUGCAAGAAAGAUAGCUACGCUGCGUUCACCAACGUGGCCACAUUUGUACCGUGGAUUCGUAACGUAACAGAACUACUUUCGCUGGCGGAAAAAGCUAGUGUUACUGUCCGGAACGGUCAGGACCCGGAACCAACGCGUCGCUAUCCAAACUAUCUACCCCGGACAUGUGGCAACUUUGUUUAUUCCCGAAUCGUCGGUGGUACUCCCGCAAAUCUGUUCGAGUUCCCUUGGAUGGCUCUGUUGGCGUACAGGCCAGAAGGCUCGGGUAGCACGGAAUACGACUGUGGUGGUUCACUUAUCAACAAACGAUACGUUUUGACGGCUGGACACUGCGUUUAUCCCACAACGCCAUUUCAGGUUCGGCUUGGUGAGCAUGACGUUAGUAGUACCAUUGACUGCAACCCUAACGAUGCCAGCGAUUGCGCCCCACCUGUGCAGGAUGUAGACAUUGAUUACAUCGUUCGCCAUCAGGGGUACAAUAACCGGAGAAAGCAAAACAACAUCGCAUUGGUUCGCCUUGCUCGAGAUGCGUCCUUUGAUGAUCACAUACAGCCCAUCUGUCUUCCGGUGACUCAAGCCCUCAGAGAGCAGAAGCUCCAGCGAUACAUCGUGAUCGGGUUCGGAUUAACCGAAUUUCAGGGUGAUAAGUCCGACAUACUUUUAAAGGCAACGGUUCCGGCAGUGUCGCGCGCAGAUUGCCAAAAACAGUACGAUCGUUAUAACAUGUCUAUUGGCGAGAGUCACCUUUGUGCCGGAAGUGGUGAAGACGGACAUGAUGCUUGCACCGGCGACAGUGGAGGACCACUGGGAUAUCCGGUUCGGUACAACGGAGUGCGGUUCGUGCAGUAUGGUGUGACAGCAUAUGGUCGUGCGUGUGGCAUCGGAGCAUCCGUUUACACCAAUGUGGCGAAUUUGAUGGACUGGAUAUUAGCAAAUAUGCAAGCAUGAUGAAAGAAUCAAUGAAUUCAUUUAUGUUGAAUUAUUUCAAAAUUAAAGUGAUAAAUUCUAGUGAUGUUAAAUCUUCAGUUUUGUUUGAAAUAAAUACCAGUUUAUGAAACAA